CGGGCGGCUUCCUCUGCCCGGGUCGGGAGGGCCUCGUCUCCGGCCGCGCGGACUGCGGCGCUGAGUCCGGGAAGCCGCGGGGAGCCGGCCGGGCACGGUGUGUUUCGGGCUGCAGGAGCUCCCUGCCUUGACUAGCGGAGUGUGGCCUUUGCUCCAAGCCCCCUCUGCCUACAUCCUCUGAGCUUCACCAGGAACAAUGCGGCAGCUCAAGGGGAAGCCCAAGAAGGAGACAUCGAAGGAUAAGAAGGAGCGGAAGCAGGCUAUGCAGGAGGCUCGGCAGCAGAUCACCACAGUGGUGCUGCCCACCCUGGCUGUGGUGGUGCUCCUGAUCGUUGUGUUCGUGUAUGUGGCUACACGCCCCGCCAUCACCAAGUGAGCACUGCAGCAUGGACUCCUUGGGCAGGGGCAGGGAAGCGAAGGAAAAAUGGCUUUCAUAUGCAGAGAUGUUCUUGAUGCUGAGCUCUGAGCAGGAGCACUGUUGUCCUCUCUGGUCUUUGACUUGAUUAAAGUUUCUCCACUUUUCUUGGGAGGGAAUAGGGAACGUUUUAUCAGUGAACGUGCCAUACACUUUAUGGUCCACUUCAUGUGCCUUUCAGACUUCAAAGCAGUGUGUGUGUGUGUGUGUGUGUGUGUGUGUGUGAGUGUGUCCAUCCUAAAAUCGAUACAUAGUUCUGCCUGGUGAGAGGAGGCCUCUCGGGGUCAUGAAGCAGCUGGAAAUAGUACUCACCUCAUCCCCAUUGUCUGCAACAUGUUUUCUUAUAUGUGUUCACAAUUUCCAAAGGGACUAUAUUUCUUUUCUGCUUAAUGUGAUUUGAAAUAUGUUGAUUCAAAGUGAAAUAUUUAUUUUUUGAAUAAAGGAGCUACUAGCCUUAAA